AUGACAAAGAAUAAGUGCACCUAUGUAAGAACGAGCUUCUUCUCGGAGGUCUUCAAGGUGCAGCACAGGAUCACAGGGCAGGUGAUGGCACUGAAAAUGAACACGCUGGCUAGCAACAAAGCUAACAUGCUACGAGAAGUCCAGCUCAUGAACAGGCUGUGCCAUCCCAACAUUCUUAGGUUUCUCGGGGUUUGUGUGCAUGAAGGUCAGCUGCACGCUUUGACUGAGUACAUAAACGGGGGUAACCUGGAGCAGCUGUUGGACAGUGACCUGUAUCUGUCGUGGGGAGUCAGGAUGGCUCUGUCUCUGGAUAUCGCCCAAGGGCUGCAGUACCUGCACAGUAAGGGCAUAUUCCACAGGGACCUCACGUCCAAGAAUUGUCUGGUUCGCUGUGAAAAUGGCACGUUCACUGCUGUGGUGGGAGACUUUGGCCUGGCAGAGAAGAUCCCUGAUUACAGUGACGGUUCAGAGAAACAGCCUCUGGCCAUCGUGGGCUCUCCGUACUGGAUGGCCCCUGAGGUUCUGAGAGGAGAACUUUACAACGAGAAGGUGGAUGUGUUUGCUUAUGGCAUCAUCCUGUGUGAGAUCAUUGGCCGGAUUGAAGCUGAUCCUGAUUUUUUACCGAGGACAGAGGACUUUGGUUUGGAUGUGGAUGCGUUCGAGAACAUGGUCGGGGACUGCCCACCAGCAUUCUUUAAUCUCGCCGUGACCUGCUGUAACAUGAACGCAGAGAGUCGACCCUCGUUCUCUGACAUCGUCUUCAUGUUGGAGACCCUGGAGCGAGAGGAGCAGGGAGAGACGCCUGUUGCACUUGAGCCUGUGGCAGCAGACGUCAGCCCGUACCGAUGCCGAAGCUCUCCCUAUCACGCUGCGGACCACACUCAGCUAUGGCAAGGCUUGGCCAGGAGCCAGUCAGACACGAUACCUCCAGGAAGCCUGCCUUCUCCUUUACUCGGGACCCCAGCAAGGGUCAACCCGUUCUCUCUCAGACAGGACUUAAACGGAGGACGGUGCAAACUGUUGGACACUCCCAGCAAGUCCGUCAUCUCGCUGACCUUUACCCUACCUGCUCUUCCUGACAUGUGCACCUCCCCCCACCUUCUUAAAAAAGCGUCAGGGAUGAGAGUGCCUCCAAGAAGGUGCCAGUCUCUGCCCUGCACCCCAGAGCUCAGCCGGACUGUGGCUCCGCCCAGACACGCAGCGGGGGAGGAAGAAAAAAAGGACGAGGACGCUCGAGAGGCGGUCAUGAAGCACAGGACGUGGGAGGAUACGAAGGAUGACACAAUGAAGGGGACGAAGGUUUCAGAGAGAAUACAAGGAAGGCUGCAGGUUGACCAUGCAGACAUGAGACAUGAGCCAAGUGUGAGGAGAGAGUCUUUUGGAAAGGAAAUACAGGUGGCAGAGGAUCCUGGUUUUCCUGUAGAAUUGGAAAUGGUGUCUCUGGAGCGAUUGGAAGAGGAAGAUGACGAAGAAGAGAGCAUAAGUUUUACAGAACCCAUGGACUGCACCAAAUCUCCUGAGGCAACAGACAGUAUCGUGAACGCUACACCUGAAAGACCAUUGCUCACCUCUACCUCCUGCAACUCCGUACGGACCAAGGGCUGGCGGCUUCCCUUCUCAACGUCUGCCUUGCCUCCUCUGCCACGACUGAACAACAACAACGGCUCAGGCCUGGUAAUCAGUCAGCAAGUGCAGUGGGGUCGAGGAGGGUCAAGUGACUACAGUGGAGCCCUGUCCUCAGACCCAAGGGGGCCCUCUGAGCAGGAGGAGGCUAUUUCCUGUCCAGGCUGCUGCCUGGUAGGCCUGAGUUUCCCUUCGGUGUGCCUCCGUGGUUCAGCUGCCAUACCUGCCCCCCGCAGAAGGGCUUCGUUACCACGGCAGCGGCCCUACCGGAACCUCAACGGUACCAUAACUGGUGGCAGCGCUUCGUCGUCAGCAGUCGCAACCAAAACAUUACUGUGUCACAACACGAAUGGAUUAGUGGGGGCGGGGCCCUCUGUGUCGUGUGAGCCCGGCCGCUCCCUGCCAGAAGCCCAGUCGUAAGAAUCCUCGAAGGAGCUUGUUGUGGACAAAGGCAUAAACAAUAAAUGUAGUGGGUACUCAAUGCUUAAUACUGACUCUAGCAGCUGUGCAGUCACUGUAGCCUGUGCUAACAUACUGCUGAUUGGAGCGCCAUCUAUUGGGCUGGAGGAUUAAACAUAACUGUCACAGUGAGAAGCACGGUGGCGUAAAGGAAGUGGUGGUCAGGGUUCAGCUGCUUACUUUAUUACUUCCAACAUUGUAUGCUGAGCAGAUCUAUACAUCUAACCAGUCAGGGUUAACAUUACUGCCUCCCAUCUCCACUGAAGCAAACACGCUCUAUGUGGAACUGGUUUCCAGACAUGUGACAAAGAGGGGCAGGCCUGACUGAAUCCACUUGCCAACUGGGCAGUCAUUAGCCAAUGAGCUAAUCCUCCUUAUUGAAACGUGGCAUAAUCAUCUUACAAAACCGAUUCCAUUUUUUAUUCAGUAUGACGUCAAAUCGAGUGACUGAGCUCGGCAGCAAAGUGCCUCCAGAGGACUGGAAACCUUUUUUGCAACCACAGCUAUCAUCAUCGGUCCCUUGAGAUGAAUGCAGGUUUACAGGCACUUCCACAUUGGCUUCAUUUUUCCUAACAGGAAGCUACAUCCAUAUUUUAUACUGUGUCCUCAGUGAUGAGUGACGAGAGCUAAAUGGCUAAUUUAUUUAAAUUAUUUAUUUACAUCUCUGUAUAGACAAUUUCUAGAUGUUUUAGUUUUCACAAAGAUUGUGUCAAUAAUACAUUUGAAUUGGGAAAAAUCAGAGUUUCCUAAUAAAAUAAGUGUAAAUUA